CGCCCUCUUAACCUGCUGGAAUGCACCCGCCGCUGCCGAGCUCACUAUCGAGUUAGUGCCGCCCAUGGUUGCCGAGGGCGGAAACUCCGUUCUGUUUGUGCAUGCAAUGCCGCUGAAUGUCCAGGCGUUUUACUGGUACAAACAGAGAGACUCAACGAAGAGCUAUGAAGUCGCACGCUACUUAACGCCCACUAACGAAAGUUCGAAGAUGCCUCAGCACAGUGAUAGGAAAACCGUAUUCUACAGUGGAUCCCUGCUGAUCAGAAACGUCACCCAGGCCGACAGUGGACUCUACACCUUACUAACGUUUAACACAGAAAUGGAAAGCGAAUUAACGCACGUGCAUCUGGAAGUACAGGAACCCGUGGCGCAGCCCACGCUCCAAGCAGACAGCACCACAGUAACAGAAGCUGGCUCUGUGACCCUCACAUGCCUCUCGGAAGACCCUGGACUCUCUAUCCGUUGGCUCUUCAAUCACCAGGGCCUGUAUUUCAAUGACAGGAUGACUCUGUCCCAGAAAAACAGCAGACUCAGCAUCGACCCAGUCAGGAGGGAGGACGCCGGGGAGUAUCAGUGCGAGGUCUCCAACGGGUACAGCUCAAAGAUGAGCCUCCCGCUCCAAAUGUCCGUGACUAGUGAGUGACCCUGCAUCUCUUCCUUUGCCACGGGAGGAGGGGCAGGGGAUUCUUUGUCAACAACACUAAAAGUGAAGAAAAGUUCUAGGGAAGAGACCAAGACAGUCAGCGUGGUGAUGAGGACCUGUCAUCCCAGGAUAAAACUCCAGUCAGCAGGAACUGAAUUUGAACCAGCCAGAGUUACAAAGAGAGACCCAGUCUCAAAAAUAAAUAAAUAAAUAAAUAAAAUAAAAAAAAAUCAACAUAGUAAGCAAAACUACAAAAGGAUUAUUAUUAAGGGCUUAGGUUCUAAGUCAAAUAUGGCCAAUCCUCCAGACACAUGGGGAACUGAUUCCAGAAACCCCCAAAUUUCUGGAUGUUCUGCUGCUGAAAACGGUGCAGUGUUUGCACGGAGACAGACACAUCGCCCUGGCCCAUGCCACUGUCAUUUCUGCUGCCUCACACCGACGCCUCCCACAUGCCUCUCCAACCAUUUCUAUGCAUAGUCCAUUUCCUGCAACCCUGACAACUGUCACUCACUCUACUUCUCCUUGUAUACGUGGCGUUUGUCUUUUCUUGUUAGCAUCAUACGAAGAAUAAUUCUGUUCUCCCAAGCCACCUAGCUGGUGGCAUC